GCACUGUUACUGCACUAGGCAAGUUUUCCAACACUGGCUGGCUGCAAAUCUUGCGAAAUAUUUUGUUUAUUUUUUUUUGCCGCCGCCUGCAAUGUUUUCUCUCUGAAAAACGGUCAAGGAGAACAGAUGAGACGAUGAAAAACCUGGGUGCCGGCAAUCCGGACGAGCUGAACAAGUCAUCGCACAACAAGGUCAGCAAGAAGUCCACAAAGUCGCGCUCCAAGACCGCAAAAUUGGAGUUGGGUAGCAGCAAGAGUUCUUCCUCGGCAUCUCUUGCCUCCGCCUCUGCCGCGUCCGUAUCCGGCUCUGCGCUGGGUCUGGGUGUUGGAGCUGGCGUGGGCAGUUUGCCGGCCACGCCCACGCAUCUAAAUAUGGUAACAACGCCGACGACACCCACCUCGAGUCUGGUGAAUUACAAUCUGUUCGAUGCCUCAUUUGCGGUGGCAGGGGGCGGGCACGGAGCAGCGGGAAUAGCGCCGGGCGAGGCCUCCGGAAACGCCAGUCGAAUGGGCCAUCACAAGAGCUACGCAGGCUUUGAUCCGCGCAGCAUUAAGAUCUUCUGGGAGCAGCACGAUCAGACGGAUGUGGAGCUGUCGCAGGACGUGUGCGCGCGGCUGGCAGAAGAUGCCUCGUACAAAGUCUGGGAACUGAUUAACAAUGUGAAGAUCUACUCGCGUCAUUCGGGCGGCGUGGUCACCUACGACUUGGUGAACGAGGUACUUAAGGAUGCCAACGUUCCGCCCAUGCUGGGCGCCAUGGACAGUGAGUGGGACCGCAUUGACUACGAUGGUAGUUACUACUUCCAUUCGGACAAGAUCUUCGAGCUGCGCGAGGAGUUCCAAAAGGAGAUAAGCCUAGCCAUGGCCGACGAUGUUGAUUUUCACAGCAUCCGGCCCGUUGAGGAUAGGCACACGGAACAGCUGAAGCUGUGCGUCCAGAACCUAGUAACCGCCGCCCUGUUUGCAGACAGCAAGUCUCAGAACGAGGCUAUUGCUCACGCCUUCCAGACGCCCCUCAUGGGCUCAGUCUAUCGCGUCCUGGUCAGCAAAAUAGUGCAGCUGCUAGCCUUCAAGCAGCAGGAUGCACUGAGUCGUCGAUGCUGGCGUCUGCUCCGUGCCUGCAACUAUAAUGCGCAUGCCAACCAUAGUGCCUGCAGGCCGGAAUACUUCCACCUGGCGGAGGUGCUUGUCAGCCAGCUUAUGGCUCCUUACGAGACCAUCAAGGCGCCACCUUCAACGUCACUGGAAGUUCCUUCUGACACGACUGAUCUUGGUCAGGUUCCGGUCAAGAUGGAGCUGGAGGAACAGCUCAAAUUGGAGCCAGAUCAGGAGCAAAUGGAGUUCCCUGUCGAGCAAAAUCAGGAGGAGCACACCAUAUACAGCUUGCAAACGGAGGAUGAGGGUGUCACUCCCGAGCCGGAGGAGCCCCAACAGCUCUCCAGCUACUUUGCCAGUCCCGUGAGCAAUGCCCUGGUAGAUGAGCUCUGCGAUACCAUUGGCCAACUGGCCUCCCAGAGUGGCUACCUGCAAGCAGAGUGUUUGUUUCUGAUCAUGCGUCGCCUCGCCAGAUUCUUUGAGGGCCGUGAUGUCUGCAGCGAAAGAGACUUCAAGUACAUCAGCAGAGCGGUUAGAGGACUCAUUGCCCUGGGCGAGUACGCCUUUCGGGAGUUCAUACCCUACAUAUACAAGCUGCGCGUUGAGGAGAUCCCGGAGAGCCUGUGGCAGGAUUUGGCACCAGCUGCCAUUUUCUUAGGCGGACGGGACGACAUCUACCUGUACGAGUGGCUGGAGCACGGAUGUGGAGUCGCCGCCCUCCAGCCCUUUCUGGUGUAUUAUGCGCGAGCCUACGAGAAGAUGGUAACUCGGCGUUAUGUGGGCGCCAAGGCCCCCGCUUACAGAAUAGAAUCCGUGCCCGGUGUGCGUCGCCUGGAAUGGAGCACCUUGGCGGCCGCCAUGUGCCAUGGAGAUGAUCCCAGCAAGGCCCUGAAACCGAAGCCCACUCUCCGGGAGGCCUUCCCCGAACUUCAGCCGCCAAAUCUCCAGCUCAACUGCGCGGGCAAUAUACGCUUCAAGUUCGCUGGCUGUCGACCGAUGCUGGUCAAGGCCAAACCCAAGGUUUCGAGUGUUUCCUUGGAUUCGCCUGCGUCCGCGGCAAAUGGCGGUGGUGCUGCAAUGGCUGGCAGCAGUUCCUCCGAUAUUCUCAUUGCCAAGCGAAAGCUUUUCAAGCCGCUGACAAACGUGAAAAGAUGGCCGCCAACCAGUGGUUAUCACUAUCUAAGGAUCUAAGGAUAAAUGGGGGGAGUAAUAGUAGGCCUUUUCUGGAUUAAUGGAGGGAGCCGGAGGGGAUCUCAAUAAAAACAAAAAAGAUAGACUUA